AUGGGAUUGGUGGGUACAAUUUUAUUAAAAAAUGAUGAUUUAGUGAAUUAUGAAGAGAAUGAAGUAAGAUUGUAUGAUGGAAAAAUUUAUUUGCAAUGUUUGGAAGAGGAUUACGAAUUGCCCU